AUGGGAGGCUUUUAUUCGAGACAAGAAUUGGAUACAAGUUCAACGGAGCAGAGAGAAAGCGCAAAAAAAGAAAAAGUAUCUCAAGAAGAGAAAAAGAACACCGAGGGUUCUGACUGUGGACUCCACAUGAAUCCACAUGGAACGUUCAACGGCUGCCAUUUUACAAUCAACAAUGGUUCUAAAGACAUUACAAAUCAGGAGGAAUCACCCAAUCGGCGAAGAAACCGAUUUGACGUUCCAGUAAAUCCUGUCAACAACUGGGAUUACGACUCGUUCAGAAAUGAGAUUCAAAUAGGAGAAGAAAUGAUGACGGCACAAGAGAACAUAGAUGAAAUUAUUCAGAAUACUCUAAUUAAUCGUCCGCUUGAUGUAGAUUUGGAAUCUAUGAGGUUGGAUUCGAGUAUGAUGUUGGAAGCGAAUCAUUUCGAUGGAAUUGAACAAGCGAGAGGACUGGAAUCAAGAGCGAGCAUCGUUCGAAAUCCAACUGGUGAUGGAUUAGGACUUGAGAUGGAUGAGAAUCUGCAAAGUUUCGUCGUCGAGCGAAUUACGUUGGACGAGGUUCUAUUACUGGUGGUGUUAGCUACUCGAAAUAUCCGACAUAAUGGAAAGAUGCUCUGCAAGACAAAGAUCUGGUAUGUGAAGCUAGCGAAUGCGGAACCACUCGGAAAAUUCUCAAAAAGAAAUUUAACGCCGACGCCGUAA